CGAGCCGGAGCCGGCGGGCGGCGGGCGCCCGAGCGAGCCGCGUCGGGAGCGCGGUCUCCAUGGCAGUGCUGGGCGCAGCCGGAGCUUGUCCAGGUGGCUGAGCACCACUCCCAGACCCCUUGGGGCAUCCAGAAGAUCCCUGACUGGUCAAGUACCAGAGGAAAAAGAGAACUGGAAGUUCAGGCAUGGGGAUCAGAGCCGUCCAGCCAGCCUCAUAGUGGGGAAAGCAGCCGUCUUGCAUCCCCCAUCAAUUAUAGGGGUACUUAAGGACGGGCCUCAUCCAGUAUGGAGGCUGAGGACCGCCUCUGCUGACCCCACAUCUCCUCCCUGCCCUACACCCCUGACCUUAGCUGGGUCAGUCGUGCAAUGCUGAGCAGUAGGGUGGGCCUGGGGGCAGCCCACCUCACUACAGGGCAAGGACUGUGGGCGCCAUGGGGGCGUGUGUGAGUGGGACUCCUGGGUGAGACCUAGCCCCCGCCCCCAGGAGUUUGAGGGGGGUGGGGGUGGAGGAAAGGAUGGCUCGGGGUGGGGCAGGGGCAGAGGAGGCCUCCCUGCGCUCAAACGCAUUGUCCUGGCUGGCCUGUGGGCUCCUGGCACUGCUGGCCAAUGCCUGGAUCAUCCUCAGCAUCUCGGCCAAGCAGCAGAAGCACAAGCCGCUGGAGUUGUUGCUCUGCUUCCUGGCGGGCACGCACAUACUCAUGGCCGCUGUGCCCCUCACCACCUUCGCUGUGGUGCAGCUGCGGCGUCAGGCUUCCUCCGACUAUGACUGGAACGAGAGCAUCUGCAAGGUCUUUGUGUCCACCUACUACACACUGGCCCUGGCCACCUGCUUCACGGUCGCCUCGCUCUCCUACCAUCGCAUGUGGAUGGUACGUUGGCCCGUCAACUACCGCCUCAGCAACGCCAAGAAGCAGGCGCUGCACGCCGUCAUGGGCAUCUGGAUGGUCAGCUUCAUCCUCUCCACCCUGCCCUCCAUUGGCUGGCACAACAACGGCGAGCGCUACUAUGCCCGUGGCUGCCAGUUCAUAGUCUCCAAGAUUGGCCUCGGCUUCGGUGUCUGCUUCAGCCUCUUGCUACUGGGGGGCAUUGUCAUGGGGCUGGUCUGUGUGGCCAUCACCUUCUACCAGACACUGUGGGCCCGGCCCCGGAGGGCUCGGCAGGCCCGGAGAGCAGGGGGCAGUGUGGGGCCCAAGGGGAGUGGGCCCAGGGGCUUGGGUACCCGGCCAGCUUUUGAGGUGCCAGCCAUCGUGGUGGAGGAUGCCCGAGGGAAGCGGCGGUCCUCACUGGAUGGCUCCGAGUCUGCCAAGACAUCCCUGCAGGUCACCAACUUGGUCAGCGCCAUCGUCUUUCUCUAUGACUCACUCACAGGGGUGCCCAUCUUGGUGGUGAGCUUCUUCUCCCUUAAGUCGGACUCGGCUCCCCCGUGGAUGGUGCUGGCUGUGCUGUGGUGCUCCAUGGCACAGACGCUGCUGCUGCCCUCCUUCAUCUGGUCCUGCGAGCGCUACCGCGCCGACGUGCGCACAGUGUGGGAGCAGUGCGUGGCUAUCAUGUCCGAGGAGGAUGGCGAUGACGAUGGGGGCUGUGAUGAUUAUGCUGAUGGUCGAGUGUGCAAAGUUCGCUUUGAUGCUAAUGGAGCCACAGGACCUGGGGGUCGGGACCCUGCCCAGGUGAAGCUGCUGCCUGGAAGGCACAUGCUCUUUCCUCCUCUUGAGAGAGUCCACUACUUACAGGUCCCUCUGUCCCGCCGGCUGUCCCAUGAUGAGACCAACAUCUUCUCUACUCCUCGGGCACCAGGCUCCUUCCUGCACAAAUGGUCCUCCUCUGAUGACAUCCGGGUCCUCCCAGCCCAGAGCAGGGCCCUUGGGGGCCCUCCUGAGUACCUGGGACAAAGACACAGGCUGGAGGAUGAGGAGGAUGAGGAGGAGGCUGAAGGUGGGGGCCUGGCCAGCCUUCGCCAAUUCCUGGAGAGUGGGGUUCUGGGGUCAGCUGGGGAACCCCCACGGGGUCCUGGCUUCUUCCGGGAGGAGAUCACCACCUUCAUCGAUGAGACACCUCUGCCUUCUCCAACAGCCUCACCGGGGGCCUCUCCUCGCAGGCCCAGGCCACUGAGCCUCUCACCUCGCCGACUCUCCCUUGGGUCCCCUGAAAGCAGAGCCGUUGGACUUCCUUUGGGGCUAAGUGCAGGGAGACGCAGCUCCCUGACAGGAGGCGAGGGGAGUGCAAGGGCUUGGGGAGGUUCCUGGGGCCCAGCCAACCCCAUCUUCCCCCAGCUGACCCUGUGAGCCAAGUGGGCCUGCUGGACUCAGAGGAGGGGCCUGGUUGAAACACCUCAUUCUGGCCCUGAGCCUAGGGCAGCUGCCUCCAGCCUCUGGGGAGAUGGGCACUAAAUCUGGGGCUCUGGAGCCCCUGGUCUCUCCCAUCGAAGUGACCAGAUGCCCUACUCACCUUCCAUCAUCCCUAGCAAAAUGUAUUAAAGUCUGAAG